AUGACCAACCCGACCGUCACCUAUGGCCGUGGUGGCGCUGGCAACGUCACCACCAAAAAUAGACUGUCGCCCGCUUUCGAGCCUCAGACCACUCCCUCGUUGAAGUCCAAGACGUAUACCACUGGCCGGGGCGGAACUGGCAACAUGGCCAAGAAUGACUUUGACCACCCAGAGGAAGCUCGCCGUGCUCAGGACGUCGAUGUCCCCGCAAUUACAAUUCCAGAGGGUGUCCGCCAUACCGGCAGAGGUGGUGCAGCCAACUUGUACAAGCCCACUGAAGAAGAACAGCGCAAGGCUCGAGCACACAAUGAGAAGGUGCGAUCCGAAUCCUUUAAUAAGGAACGAAGCAGUAUCCGUGUACUAGCGGACAAGACAAAGGACCCCCUGACGGGCAACGACAAGUGA